AUGAUUAUUGAUGGGUCCGAGGCGUUGUGUGCAGGGGCGGGGGCGUGGGGCGCCCCGGGUGGGGAGGGGCGUGGGGCGCCCCGGGUGGGGAGGGGCGUGGGCCGGGGGCCAGCGGGUCCGGACCCUCCCGAGCCGCCGCCGCCGCCGCCGCCGCCGCCGCCGCCGCCGCCCGAGGCAGCCUUCCUCAGCGGCCGGCAGGUGGGGCCGGUGAGCGAGGGGCCGUGGCGGCCCGCUGUCAAUCAAACUGAGCCGAUUAGUAAUGAACGUUUUUUUCCUCUGUCACAGGACCUGAUGGAAUUUCUAAAUCCAAAUGGCAGCGACUGUACACUGGUCCUGUUUUACACACCUUGGUGUCGCUUUUCUGCUAACUUGGCCCCGCACUUUAACUCUUUGCCCCGGGCGUUUCCGGCCCUUUAUUUUCUGGCCCUGGAUGCUUCUCAGCACAGCAGUUUGUCUACUAGGUUUGGUACUGUGGCUGUACCUAACAUCCUACUCUUUCAAGGAGCCAAACCAAUGGCCAGAUUUAAUCACACCGACCGAACACUCGAAACUCUGAAAGCCUUCAUUUUUAAUCAAACAGGAAUAGAGGCCAAGAAUGACGUGGUAGUGACAGAAGAUGACCGAAUAGGCCCUCUCCCCAGUACUUUAACAAAAAGUGUGGAUUGGUUGCUGGUGUUUUCUCUGUUAUUUUUAGUGAGUUUUAUCAUGUACGCUACUGUUCGGACGGAGAGCAUUCGGUGGCUUAUUCCAGGACAAGAGCAAGAACACCAGGAGUAAGGAUGGACUGGAAAAAAACCAUUAUGCUUACAUUUCAGGAGUUUGCACUGCAGUUCCAUUUAAUUUCCUUCACUGGGAUGGGUUAGGGAGUGGGGUGGGGGCUUAUAAUUUAUUUCAGAUUAACAGGAUCAAGCAUUUUGUUCAGAUGCUGGAUGUAUAUGUCAUCCAUGGAUUGUGUAAGCUAGUAAUGGAGUAAACAGAUGUGAAAAGAUUCAUUUGGUAGAUGCGCUUUUUUUAAUUUUAUUACAUGGAUUUAAGCAUUUUUAGGGGAGUAAAAAUAAUUCUUGAUCAGUGAGCAAAAAAUAAACAUACUGUCCCUAGACUGUCUAAACUUCCAGAGGUUCAAAGUUUGUGAUAAUGCUAAAAAUUCCUUAAUUCCUUAUGAUUUAAAAAUCUUUGGUCAUCUCUAAUCUUGGAAUCUCUUUCAAAUGCCACAAUCCGUUAGGUGCCUUAAGGAAAGUGUUGCUUGUGGCAUCACAGGUAGCAGCUGUUUUGUCUGUUGGCUUUUCUUCUGGGACAAUGAAGUGUUAUUGAUAUGACAUAUUUGAUAAUAUAAAUAAUAAAUAAUUGAUAAAAAUA